AUGAUGUCGAAAGAAGAAAAUUUAAAAAUAGAUGAUAUAAAAGAAGAAGUCAGAGAACUUAAAGAUGAUCAUAAAGAUCCGAAACUUUCAUUAUCUUACGAUAAAAAAAAAUAUGCAAACAGCAAAAGUAUUGUCAACAGCAAAAGCAGUUUAAAAUCCGCCGAUUCCUCUAACACGAGCAGUAGCAGUUUGGCCAUGAAAAGGCAAAGCGAAUACGAUAGGUUGGCAAAGGGUCCGAAAUAUCAAAAUACGUACAGGUUAGAUUCUAAAAAACCGUUUAAAUCAAACGAAGUUUAUAAUAUAUUGAAAAAUGUUGUCAAAAGGGAAAUAAGUAAUUUUCUUAUAUACGAUAGUCUUAUGGGUCCGAGAAUUGUUCAGACAAUAGCAGCCGACGUUAGAAGUUUGGUUAAAGCAAUGAGUUACGACAGAUAUAAAAUUUGCGUGAUGGUUUAUUUGGGAGAAAAAAAACUUCAGGGUUUUCAGGCUGCGUUCAGAGGACUUUGGGAUCACGAAAGAGACGGUUGGUCGACUUAUUAUUAUCAAACGAGAACUUAUUUCGUGUCUUGUACCUGUUUCGGAUUGUACCACGAUUGA